UUGCCAAAUAAGAAAAAAGUAAAACAAUAAUAUCGUUAUUUACCGAUUUGUUUUUGAGGUUAAGUCAGUUAGAUGUUGGGUCGGGUUCUUAUGAAUAUAUAUGAUUAUGAAUAGUUGAAUAAUAGGAUUAAUUUAUUGAGCAUAAUAAUAUAAAAUAUAAUAAUAUAAAAAUUAACGCUAUUGAAACAAGUUCCAAUAUCCUGUCAAAGGAAAGAAAUAAUGGCAACGUCUGCCUGUCUCACCUCAAGUAAAUUAUUAACACUUCAGAUUUGUAAGAUAUUACCUAUAAGCAAUGUGUUACAUAGACCAAUAUGCACUACGCCUCUAAGUAUGGCCAAACACUGGAAUCAGAAAUAUAGGAAACUCCGUGCUCAAAAAGUAAUCAAGGUGAAUCUUCCUGACUAUGAGGAGACUAUGAGGUCAUACAACGAACUAUCCAAAGAAGAAAUGAGAUCUAAAAUGAAGGAGAAGGGUGUACAGCCAUCAAACCCUUCAGUUGAGAGACCACUCUAUUUAAGUACAACUGGUGAUAUCUUUGAGCCUUACGUACCUCCUGAGGGUGAUGGAAAAGUAUCUUUCAUAACAAAAGAGGGAGCAAAGCAGAAGUUGGAUUUUGUUGGGAAAAAGAGUAAGUCUAUGCUGGCAAUUAGAAAACUACGAAAAUUUGAUGAUGAUUUUGAAGUGGAUGAUUUCCUUGUUAUGGCACAAGAUGUCUACAUGAAAGCUCACAAUGCCUUGAUGAAUGUACGCAAAGAUAAAGAAGAGUUGCUGCUGCAUGUGACUGAAAAAGCUUAUCCGGAAAUGCUCCACAAUGCCAUGGACAAGACUAUCCAUUGGAAGAUGCUUGGACUGCUGGAACCCCUCAGGUUAGUCCAGGCUCGCACACUUGACGUCAUCUCCAAGGAGAACCUUUUCUGCCAGAUGACUGUCCGAUUCCAUACACAGCAGAUGCUGGCUGUGUAUGACCGAUUUGGGCGGCUAAUAUAUGGCAGUGAGAUACUUGCCAAAGAUGUAUUAGAAUACAUUGUGUUCGAGAAACAUCUGGCCAACCGUUAUGGCAACUGGAGGGUGCAUGCCAAGAUUAUCCCCGACUGGAUGCCAGCCAAGGAACCUGCACCCAAGACCUUUAGAUUAGUGGAGGAGGACGAGAAACAACCACAAUCUCCAACCUCCGAUAGUAGUCUGCAGAAGACAAAGGAACUGCCUCCCAGCGAGAUGCCGGCCCUCGCAACUGCUUAGAAUAGUUUGUUGUAUUUGUAAAUAUAUUGUUUUAAUAGCUUC